GAUAUACGUGCCUGUGCGCACAUUCGAUAAUUUGAAGUGGGAGUUUAGAAUUUUAGAACGAGUGAAACUGCAGGCACCUGUCACUUGGUGGGAAAAAAACUUUCCAAUAGCCAAAGCUACGACGAAUUUAAAGAGACAUUAUCAGGAUACAUGCACCGUCGUAGCAGUAGAUGAUAAAAUAGACGAUCGACGUUAUAUCUGUAACGAGGAUUUAACGAUCAGCAGAAAAGAAGAACAGAAGAACAUCGCACGGUAGAAUCCCGCCGUGUACUGUAAUAAAUAAUAUAUAGAGGAAAGAAAAAGGGGAAUAAGACGUUUUUUAGUCGGUGCACUGCCUCGCGUCGUGUCAGUUGCUCCCGCGACUUCAGCUUGAUAAUAAGUCUGCUGUUGUUGCUCGCUACGCACGAGGAGCGAUAUUAUAACUGAGUUUCGAAAGACCUCGACACCUGAGUUACGACAUCAGUUUUUUAACUCUUCCAUAAACAUACCAACGAGAAUCAUGGUCGCGUUGAUAUCUACUCUGAAGGCUGCGCCGUCGUUCUACAAUUUCGCCGUAAUCGCUGUGCGAAGAUUGUCAACAAAAAUGCAAUUGAAUCCGAAGGAGGACUCGAGGGAAAUAUUGAUCAAAUACCUCGAUGGCAAGGACAACGGUAUCGCUGUUCUUGGAUUAAAUCGUCCGGAUAACAGGAAUGCUUUUGGAAAGAAUCUGGUCGCCCAAUUCUACGAUUCUUUGGCUACUAUUAGAGAGGACAACAACGUCAGGGCGGUGAUAAUACGGAGCAUGGUACCAAAGGUGUUUUGCGCUGGUGCGGACCUCAGGGAAAGAGCUCAAAUGCAACCCCAAGAGGUAACGGACUUCGUAACUUCGCUACGAAAGCUCAUGAAUGCUGUCGAGUCCUUGCCGACUCCUGUGAUAUCUGCAAUCGACGGUGUUGCUCUUGGAGGAGGCCUGGAACUGGCGUUAGCAUCUGAUAUUAGAACAGCGGCUAACGAGGCAAAAAUGGGACUCGUAGAGACAAAAUUGGCCAUUAUUCCUGGUGCUGGGGGAACACAGAGACUUCCAAGGAUAGUCGGCCCUGCCGUAGCUAAGGAGCUUAUUUUCACUGGGAAAAUUCUUGACGGAGAAGAGGCCCAUCAGAUUGGGAUUGUGAACCAUGUCGUACCCCAGAAUAUGGAUGGAGAUGCUGCUUAUCAGGCUGCUCUUUCUAUUGCCAGGGAAAUUCUGCCGAACGGACCAAUCGGUGUUAGGUUGGCUAAAGUAGCGAUAAGUCAAGGCGUUGAAGUUCCACUGGAAGACGGAUUCGAGAUAGAGAAGAAGUGUUAUACCCAGCUUUUGGAAACGGAAGAUCGUUUAGAAGGGCUUGCUGCAUUUAAGGCGAAGCGUGUCCCAGUCUACAAAGGCAUCUGAUUCUGAUUAUUGUUUUACGCAUUUAAUAAACUGAGAUUUGCUCAGUGCUGAUAAUAGAAGGAGUUUUUAUCGGUAGUUUGCUUACACGCCCUUGUUACAUUAAGAUAUGAC